GUUAUUUCCGUUUCCGGUUCAAAUUUUGUUCGGAUAAUUUUAAGUAUGAAACUUCUUUGAGAGUAAAUUAGACGACUGUUAUACUUUAGGAAUGAAAAACAUCUAUGGUCUUUUGCAAUAUAAUUUUUCUUAAUCAACUGCACUUUGACAUUUAUAAAAUAUGAACGAAACUCUUGAUUCAGGGGAUGAGACAGUAAUCUUUGUUACUUCAGGAUAUGAUCAUACUAUCAAGUUUUGGCAAGCCCAGCGAGGCUAUUGUGAACGAACAAUACAGUGCCAAAGUGAUACACAGAUUAAUUGUUUGGAGUUAACAAACGAUGGUAAACUGUUGGCCGCUGGUUGCUACCAGAACAUACGCGUUUAUGAUGCAAAAUCAGGGAAUUCAAAUCCCCUAAUAUGUUGCAAUGGUGUUCAAAAAAAUGUUUUAUCAGUCGGUUUUGAACAAGACAGUCGGUGGAUGUAUUCUGCGGGAGAAGAUGGUUUUAUUCGCGUAUGGGAUUUUAGAUCAAGGUCUCGAGGCCUGCAAUGUGCAAAAUGUUUCAGAAUCGAUAACUAUAUAAACGCAGCUGUUUUGCAUCCGAACCAAGCUGUUCUGUACAUCGGCAGCCAACAAGGUAAAGUAUAUUGUUGGGAUUUAACUGCAAACUACCAUGAAGAAAUUGGAAAUGUAGAGGAGUGUUCUAUUCAAGAUCUUUCCAUUGACGUAACGGGUUCAAACUUAUCUGCUGUUACCAAUAGGGGUGAUCUAUAUAUCUGGAACGUGCCUUUAAAAAAUUCAAUUAACGAAGAAACUCAGACAAUAGCUGUAGAAAAAAAAAUACAGGCUCAUAGGAAGUAUGCUUUAAAAUGCAAAUAUAGUCCAGAUGGAAAAUAUUUAGCCACCACCUCUGCCGAUGGCUCUGCAAAAAUUUGGAAAACAUCAGAUUCUUCUCUGUAUACUACCCUUUGUGCUGUUCCCAACCAGAGAUGGGUUUGGGAUUGUGCCUUUAGCAGCGAUUCGAGACACUUGAUGACUUCGUCCUCCGAUAAUCUUGCAAGGGUAUGGGAUUUAGAAACAGGCAAAGUCAGAAGAGAGUACGAUGGACAUCAAAAAGCUGUAACUUGCUUGGCGUUUAAAGAUCGGUUAACGUCUUUAUAG